UCUGAUUUAAAGAAAUCUCAAGUUUGUUCGAAGCGAUGGACUCUGAAGGCAGCAGGACGAUGGAGGUGGCGGCGCUCGGACGGCCUUUCAGCCUCGGGAUGUUGUACGACUGCCGCAACGACUCACUCGUCCCUGGAAUGACUUUGUGGGACCGUAAGGACCUUAAAAAUGAUGUUGGAGAAAGACCACAGCGCUAUAAUGAUUGUAAUAUAGUUGCAUCUGAAUCAAUUGAGGACAAAUCUUCAGCACUAAAUGUUGAAGCAUCACUGAAGGCAAGUUUCUUGGGUGGACUGGUAAAGGUUGGUGGAUCAGCCAAAUACCUGAACGAUAGUAAGACUUCCAAAAAUCAUGCUAGUGUAACACUGAAUUACCAAGCUACCACAAAGUUCCAUGAACUGUCCAUGGAUCAGCUUGGAAGAGGCAAUGUUAAGCAUCCGUAUGUGUUUGAAAAAGGAAUAGCAACACAUGUAGUCACAGGUAUCCUUUAUGGGGCUCAAGCCUUCUUUGUCUUUGACCGUGAAGUGUCUGUCAACGAGAACCAUCAAGACAUUCAGGGCAACUUGAAGGUGAUCAUCAAGAACAUUCCCUCCCUUUCAAUAGAGGGCGAAGGCUCGCUGAAAAUGGAAGACAAGGACAAAGCAAAUGUUGAGAAACUGUCCUGCAGAUUCUUUGGAGACUUUUUGAUUCAGAAACCUCCGACAUCCUUUCAGGAUGCAAUAGAGGUGUACCAAAGUCUGCCAAAGCUGCUGGGAGCCAACGGGGAAAACGCAGUACCAGUGAAGGUCUGGCUGUUACCUCUGACAUUUUUAGAUUCUACUGCCGCUAAACUUGUCCAUCAGAUAAGUAUAGGAUUAGUUGAAGAAUGUCAGAGUGUCCUGGAGGACUUCAGUGACCUGGAAAUGAGGUGCAAUGAUGCACUGAGAACCCAAACUGCACAGCAGUUCCCACAGAUUGGAAAAAAACUAAAAACCUUUAAACAGAAGUGCUCUCAGUUCAAACUGGAAUUCCAACAAACCCUGGCAAAGAAACUUCCAUCAAUCCGAGGAGGAGGAGAAGAAGAAGCUGUGCUCGCAGAGGAACUGAGGAAGACAUGUUCUUCUCCUUUCAACAGCAAGGACCUGAACGAGUGGAUGGACUGCAAGGAGAGAGAAAUAUCAAUUUUAAAGUCGUACACCAACAGGAUGAAAAACACCCAGAUCGUUCCACGUGAAAAUGAUCUUCAUGAAGAAAUUCUCAAAGCAGAGCACGCAGUGUGUUUUGUCUUCACCUCGCUGGGAAGUGAUGAACCGUACCUCUCAACUUUAUCAAACUACCUUCAACAAACACCCAAACCAGACGACGCUCAAGAUCCACACACUCCAGAUUUAGAAAAGGAACAGUGGUACCUCACAAACAAAGUAGCAGAAACAUUGAGAAACAAAGCAAAGCUCUUCAGUGAUUUUGCAGAGGCCAACAAGGAGAACAAGAACAUCACAUUCCUGACGGUGGGUUUAACAAACGAGACACAGAGAGGUGCCAGCAUCUACCUUUAUACAGACUUGUCUGUCAAUGAGGACUUUGAGCCGCCUUCAAAGCCUGUAACAGUAACAGGAAGUGAUAUAAACCACAACAGUGUGACGCUGAACAUUUCUCCACCCAGAUUUGGAGCAGAGGACAUCACCUCCUACUCUGUUGAGUACUGUGUCAGUGGAGAGGACGGCUGGAAACCAAAGACAGCAUCCAAAGCUGAAGAAGUCACAGUGAGCGACCUGAGUCCUAACACAGAGUACAUGUUCAGAUGCAGGGCAGAGACACCAGUAGGUGCCGGGCCAGCCAAUGAACUCAGUGGAUCCUUUAAAACCUUACCCUGCAGCCCUCCUGGAAAACUCCACGUUGAAUCUACCUCAGGUGAGAUAUCAGUCAGCUGGGAGAAACCUGCUGAGCUCGGACAAGAUGUCCACGUUUUGAGCUACAUCGUGGAGUACGCCGAACAAGACCAACAGGUGAAAGAGGAAGAUCUCCACUGGGAGCAAAUGAUGGCUGGAGCUGAGAGGGCGAUCAUUUCAGAACUUCAGCCAGAGACAGAAUACGCUGUCAGGGUCAGGUGUGAUUGUGGUGCAGCUGGAAGAAGCAAAGAAAGCAUCGCUGUUAAUGUCCGCACAACUAAACGUGACCUCAAAAGUAAAGCCCACCGAUCAGAAUCAAACACGUACGAUAACGAGGUACUCCGGAUUGUGUUGGUGGGGAAGACCGGAGCUGGGAAGAGCGCCACAGGAAACACCAUUCUGGGAAAAAAGUCCUUUGAAUCAAAGUUCUCCAUGACUGUAAACUGUUCUAAUGCCUUUGGUGAAGUUGAUGGACAAAGAGUUAUGGUUAUUAACACUCCUUGUCUGUUUGACACCAGGAUUGAUGAAAACAAGACCAGAGAAGAUGUUGGCAUGAGCAUUAAAUUUGCUUCUCCUGGACCCCAUGUCUUCCUGGUCGUCAUCAGACUGGGCAGAUUCACAGAUGAAGAAAAGCAGACAGUUCAGAAGAUUCAGGAAAUCUUUGGAGAAGAUGCAGACAGAUACAGCAUGGUCCUCUUUACCCACGGUGAUCAGCUCGAAGACGAACCUAUCGAAGAGUUCUUGAUGGAAAGCAAAGAUCUGAUGGAACUUGUGAACAGAUGUGACGGCCAGUACCACGUCUUCAAUAAUAAGGAGAAGGAUCGUUCUCAGGUCAGAGAGCUGCUCGACAAGAUCAGAAAGAUAACAAAGAAGAACGGAGGAAGCCAUUACACCAGUGAAAUGUUCCAGGAGGCAGAGAGGGAGCUAGAAGAGGAAAUGGAAAAGAGAUUAGAGAAAAAGUAUGAGGAACCAUUUAAAAAAGUCAAAGAGGAAGGUGAGAGGUUAGAAAGGCAUUUAAAAGCUAGCAAAAGAGAAAUGGAGGAGGAGAGGAGGAGAAUGAGAGAAGAUGAGGAAAGGCUGAGAGAAGCUAGCAAAAGAGAAAUGGAGGAGGAGAGGAGGAGAAUGAGAGAAGAUGAGGAAAGGCUGAGAAAAGCUCAGAGAAGAGAAAUGGAGGAGAGGAGGAGAAGGAGAGAAGAGGAGGAAAGGCUGAGAGAAGCUAGCAAAAGAGAAAAGGAGGAGAGGAGGAGAAUGAGAGAAGAGGAGGAAAGGCUGAGAGAAGCUAGCAAAAGAGAAAAGGAGGAGGAGAGGAGGAGAAUGAGAGAAAAGUUUAGAUCUUUCUUUUCUGUUCCUCCAUGA